AUGGCAUUAGAGAUGAAGCUGGACACAGAAACACAUAAGACACAUUCAGCAUCAUCAUCCUCGAAGUCUGCUCCCGUGAAACCAAAUUACUCCUUGAAGUUCACACUCGCAGGUCACACAAAAGAUAUAUCAUCAGUCAAAUUUAGCCCUAGUGGUGAAUGGUUGGCCAGUUCAUCAAACCAAUGUCUGAAGAUUUUGAUAUGGGGCGCUUUUGAUGGAAAAUUUGAGAAGAGUCUUGCAGGACAUAAACUUGGAAUAUCAGAUGUGGCCUGGUCAUCAGACUACAAUCUUUUGGUGUCUGCAUCAGAUGACAAAACACUGAAGAUCUGGGAUAUGAAUUCAGGAAAAUGUCUGAAGACACUGAAAGGCCAUAGCAACUACGUCUUCUGUUGUAACUUCAACCCACAGUCGAAUCUUGUUGUUUCUGGAUCUGUAAGUACACAAACAGAUGAAUUCGUACGGAUUUGGGAUGUCAAAACUGAAAAGUGUCUGAAGACCCUGCCAGCUCACUCGGACCCCGUCUCAGCAGUUCACUUCAACAGAGAUGGAUCCCUAAUAGUAUCCAGUAGCUAUGAUGGUUUAUGCCGACUGCGGGACACUGCAUCAGGACAAUGUCUGAAAACUCUUAUAGAUGAUGACAACCCUCCUGUCUCAUUUGUGAAGUUUUCUCCAAAUGGAAAAUACAUUCUAGCUGCAACUCUGGACAAUACGUUAAAGCUCUGGGACUACAGCAAGGGAAAGGUAUGUCAUAAAAAUGAAAAGUAUUGUGUGUUUGCCAAUUUUUCUGUGACUGGAGGAGAGGGAGAUUCUUGGAUCGUCACAGGCUCUGAAGACAACAUGGUAUAUAUCUGGAACUUGCAGACCAAAGAAAUUGUGCAGAAAUUACAGGGGCACACAGAUGUAGUGAUCUCGACAGCUUGUCACCCUACAGAGAACAUCAUUGCCUCUGCAGCCCUGGAGAACGGCAAGACCAUCAAACUGUGGAAAAGUGAUGGUUAAAUUAAAGCACUGCACUUUCAGAGGCUUUAGUAGAAAACUUCAGACUGACAACUUCCAGUAGUGUCUGUCUUUUACCAGGAUAGCACCUAGUGCAGGGUUAUUAUCUAAUAGAUGGACAGGUCCUGUCUGCUCAGAAUAGUGACAAUCUCACUCAUCUUUAAGCCUGUU